AUGCGCUCCCUACUGUAUAGCCUGCUGUCGCUGGCGACGGUCGCUUCUACAUUCGCUGCAGAGACUCCGAGUGCGAAACCCACGGCCAAGAGCGAUGGCUGGGACGAUAGUGUUCCCGAGACGACAUUCAACGGCGAAAAGGUGCCGCCAAUGAUCGAGUUGACACCCGAGACCUUUGACAAGGAAGUCAGUAAAGGCAACUGGAUAGUCGAGUUCUUCUCACCCUAUUGCGGACACUGCAAGAAGUUCAAGUCCACCUACCAGACCGCUUACGAAUUCUACUACACGUCGACACCCUUCCUAUCCAAAGACGAGCCCGAAGGCGAUUCGCUAAACUCGUUUACACGCUACUACGACUUCAAGUUUGCCAAGGUUGACUGCGUUGCCUACGCCGACCUCUGCAAAAGGCAAGACAUCCAGAACUUCCCGUCCUUGAUCUAUUACCAAGACGGAAAGAACAAAGAAAAGCAAACAGGCGCCAAGGAGCUCAAGGCACUGAGCAAAUGGAUUGAGAAGCUUUUGGAAACGCUGCGUCCAGGCACGCGGAAGGAGGGUGGACCCAAGCUUCCAAAGGUUGGCGCCAGUUCAGUCGAGACUGGACCUGAGUCCAAGGAGGCUGUAGAAGAAGAAAAGAAAGAAAAGGCCGAGGAAAAGAAGACGGAGGAGGCAAACAAGGUUGCGAGUGCGGGUGCAAGUGCGAGUGCGAGUAAAAGUGCCUCGCCUGCUUCCUCUUCCACACCCACCAAGGCCGCAACAGCUCCUGCAAAGGUCAAGCCUAGCUCCAACGCGAAUCCAUCUGGCCUUGUCGAGGUGCUGACGGUGGAGAAAUUCGACAAGCUCGUUACAACUACACUCGACCCCUGGUUCGUCAAGUUCUACGCCCCAUGGUGCCACCAUUGCCAGGCCCUUGCCCCGACCUGGGCGAACCUGGCACGUCAGAUGAAGGGGAAGCUCAACAUUGGAGAAGUCAACUGCGAUGUGGAGAAGAAGCUCUGCAAGGAUGCAAAGGUCCGCGGCUACCCCACUAUGCUCUUCUUCCAAGGUGGCGAGCGCAUCGAGUACGGCGGACUGCGUGGGCUAGGUGACUUGCUUGACUACGCUGAGAAGGCGUCGGCCAUUGGUGCUGGUGUGCCUGAUGUGAACGCCCAAGAGUUCAAGAAGAUGGAGGAGACUGAAGAAGUCAUCUUUGUCUACUUCUACGACCACGCGACCACGAGUGAAGACUUCCAGGCGCUGGAGCGACUUCCGCUCAGCUUGGUCGGACACGCUAAGCUAGUCAAGACAAACGACAAGGCCAUGUUUGAACGCUUUAAGAUCUCUACUUGGCCCCGAUUGAUGGUCUCAAGGGAUGGAAAGCCUACCUACUACCCUCCAAUGACGCCAUUCGAGAUGCGUGACGUCAAGAAGGUCCUCAUCUGGAUGAAGACGGUGUGGCUGCCGAUUGUACCAGAGAUGACCUCUUCGAAUGCUCGCGAGAUCAUGGACGGCAAGAUGGUCGUUCUGGGUAUACUCAACCGAGAGCGCUCAGACGAAUUCAUCCUCUCCAAGCGCGAGCUGAAGAGCGCCGCCCUCGAGUGGAUCGACAAGCAGGAAACGACAUACCAACUAGAGCGCCAAGAGCUUCGUGACGCAAAGCAGCUCCGCAUCGAGGAAGCCGAGGACAAGGAUGACGAGCGUGCGCUAAGAAACGCAAAGACGAUUCGCAUCAACAUGGACGAGAUUCCACGUACACAGGUGGCGUUUGCGUGGGUCGAUGGAAUUUUCUGGGAGCGCUGGAUCAGAACCACCUACGGCAUCGACGUCAAGGACGGCGAGAGUGUCAUCAUCAACGAUGAAGAUAACCGACGUUACUGGGAUAAAACAGUCUCCGGUGAGCCCAUCCGCCUCAGCCGCGCCGCUAUCCUUGAAACCAUCAAAAUGGUGACUGCCAACCCACCCAAGAUCACGCCCAAGUCCACCACUGGCCGCUUCAUGGGCACCUUUUUGUCCAUCCGCCACUUCAUCAACGGCCACCCCUUCAUCUCGCUGGGCUUGUUUGUCGGCUUCUUCACCGCUAUGACGCUGUUUGGCAAGUCAAGACGCAGGCGACAAUUCGGAAGCACAGGUUCGUACUUUCAGCUCGGCGAGAAGGAUGGUCUGCUGGGUGGCAUGGGUAAUGGAGGCUUUGCUGGUGGUGCGAAACAUGAUUGA